AUGAGUGUCCUGCUCUGGCUCUGGUUUAUUGCCGUCACUCUAGCCCAGGUGCAAACAUUCACACCCCCUAGACAGGAAGAGAUCACAUACAGCGUCAAUGUCCCUGAAAGCACUGCGUCAACAGGCUCUGGCCCAAUAUACCUGCAGCUAUACUCCCUCCGCCCGCUGACAUGGUUCGCCUGGGGCCAGGGCGCCCAGAUGCAGGGCGCCAAUAUCAUGCUCGUCUAUACCGCCCCAGACGGCCACAACGUCACCGUCUCACCGCGACUGGGCGUGGAGCACGUAAUGCCGCUGUAUAAUCCCCAGGCACGCGUGGCACUGCUGGGUGGCAGCGGUAUCAACAGCAGCACGGGCGCCAUGACGGCGAACAUCCGCUGCGACAGCUGCCUCUCUUGGCCGGGAGGGCAGGAAGACGUCCAUAACACAGCGAGUCCGUGGAUUUGGGCUGUGAAAUAUGGCAGUCCGCUCGUGUCCGACAGCGUGUCUGUUGUGAUCGCCAUCCACGAUAUGUCGGGCGUGGCAGCGCUGGACCUCUCCCGGACGACGGGGGGCACCUCGGACAACCCGUUCGUUGGCAGCUCAUCUCCUGUGAAUGAUUCUACAGACUCAAGUGCCGGACAGAGCAUCUCGGCCGUCAACUUGGCGGCAGUACACACGCGCCGAGUCGCCCACGCCGUGCUCAUGAUCUUGGUGUUUGUGGUGUUGCUGCCCACGGGUGCCUUUCUGCCGCGGUUGGUGCCCUAUCCGCACAUCGUGGUGGUACACGCGGGAGUGCAGCUGCUGGCGCUGUCGCUGGCUAUUGCUGGGAUGGGGAUUGGCCUCUCGAUGGGUCAGAGCCUACAUCUGCUGCAGUUCUAUCACCCCAUCAUCGGGAUGGUGGUCGUCUGCUCGCUGGCGCUGUUCCAGCCGGUGAUGGGGCUGCUGCAGCACCGAUAUUUCCGUCGGACUCGCAAGAAAGGCGUCUUUGCCUAUCCGCACCGGUGGCUCGGCCGCGCGGCCAUCACACUGGCUAUCAUUAAUGGGGGGCUGGGCUUCCGUCUGGCUGGCGUGGGAAGCUCAAUUGCACCCACCGGGGCCGUCAUUGCAUACAGUGUCGUUGCGGGCGUGGUUUGGCUGGCCAUGGCUUCCACCAGCCCCAAAACCGGGAACCCAGUAGCUGAGCCUGAUGAUCCCCAGAAUGACAGUGAUAACGUCUCCCUGUCUUCUGCUGGAACUGAUUAUACCUCGCUCCGGUCCAGCGUGCUCGAAUAUGAGUAUGAAAAUGGCCGCCGGUACCAGAGCUACCGAAAGGGCCAAUACUUGUUUCCAAAUGAUGACGAGGAACAAGACCGCAUGGACUUUCUGCACCAUAUCUACGGCAUGAUCCUGGGCGGGGAAUUGCACCGGGCUCCAGUCAAGGGAGAUACUCUAGGCCGUGUGUUGGGCAUUGGCACCGGAACAGGCAUCUGGGCGAUAGAUUUUGCAGAGUAUAAUAUGAUCGAUCUUCUUUGCUUGAGGUAUGAGGCUUACACAAGUAGCAUGUAUCCCUCUGCAGAGGUGAUUGGAAACGACCUGAGUCCCAUUCAACCCCGUUGGCUGCCCCCUAACUGUGUCUUCGAGGUCGAUGAUUUCGAAGCUGAAUGGGGAUACAAUCGCCCUUUUGACUACAUCCAUGGUCGCGAGCUUGAUGGAGCUAUCAAGGAUGUCAACCGGCUUGCAACACAGGCAUUCAAUAACCUUAGGGCCGGUGGGUACUUUGAACUGCAGGCAUUGGCAUUGGAUAUAUUCUCUGACGAUGAUUCCUUGAACGAAAGGGGGCCGUUUACAGCGCAGAUGUGCGAGCUAGCCAAGGAAGCGAGUGCGAAAUUCGGCAAGCCGAUGGGCAAGAUUGAAACGACGUGGCCUGACGCCCUUAGAUCUGCAGGCUUUGUCGAUGUGGUGCUCAAGAUGAUAAAAGUUCCUAUCAACCCAUGGCCAAAGGACCCUAAACAGAAGAACAUUGGGCUAUUUAUGCAGUUGCAGCAGACCCAGGCAAUAGGUUCCUUUCUCCUAGGGAUCCUGACGACAGUGCUGGGCUGGUCAGAGGAAGAGACGACUGUUAUGGGUGCUAAGAUGCGCAAGGAAUUAUAUGAUUUGAGUGUGCAUCAAUAUGCCAAGAUGUACUUUGUAUAUGGUAGACACCCAUAG